AAAAAUAAGUUAACAGAUCACCACAACAAAAUACUUUACUAAAAUUUCGAAUUCUGAAUUUAUUUGAGAUUUUAGAAAGGAAAAAAAAUGGAAGGAAUAAAUGUAUCGACUCAUCCAGAGGUUCCAGGUGAACCUACGCAAACAGGAACAGCAAUUCUUGAGACUGCAACAGCUACCAUUCAAGGAUUUGGUCCUAUCAAUAAAAUUCAUCAACAUCUUUGCGCGUUCCAUUUCUAUGGACAUGACAUGACACGACAAGUCGAGGCGCACCACUUCUGUGGGCACCAAAACGAGGAAUUCAGGCAAUGCCUCAUUUACGACAGGCCUGACUCCGAUGGUCGUCUAAUCGGACUCGAGUACAUUGUAUCGGAGGAACUGUUCUUGACAUUGCCAGACGACGAAAAGAAAUUUUGGCAUUCUCAUUUGUACGAGGUGAAAAGCGGUGUCCUGUUCAUGCCCGGUGUUCCAGGCCCGAUUCAACGACAAGAUCAUGAAAAAACCGUGAAAACUUAUGGCAAAGUGAUACAUUUCUGGCAGGUUGAUAGAGGUGAUACACUUCCUUUGGGAAUUCCUCAAGUUAUGAUGGCGCUUACUAGAGAUGGUCAACUCGAUCAGAACCUUGCUCAAGAUGUGGAGAAACGUUUUGGUGUGUCAUUUGAUGAAGAAAGGGAGAAGAGGGCAUACAUGGAAGGUCCUGCCCAUGGGAUUCACCCACUUGCUAAUGCUGGAGGCAAAGGCAUUCGCACUCUCCUUAGAGAAGUUGAUUGUAAACCUAUCGAUUCUGUCCCUAGAGUUUUUGUUUAA